AGAGCGUAGGCAGCAUGUUCGGCGCGGCGUUCUGCAGCGCCGACGUCACUCGUGACGGUCACGCCGACCUGAUCGUCGGCGCGCCGGCGCAGCACCGCUGGGCCGCCGACUACGACACCGGCGCGACGCACAUUUAUUCUAAAUCGAUCAAUCCCUUCGAUAAUGAAACAGUCGAGAUGGAUUUGAUAUUGACAAUAUGGGGGGUGAAGAGCGGCUCACGGUUCGGUAUGACUUUGUCCACCAACGAUGUGAACGGCGACUCUUAUCCUGAAAUAAUUGUCAGCGCACCAUUCGAGAAGUCAGGAGGCGUGUUAUACGUUCUCUGCGGCUACGCCAUACAUGAGACUAUUAAAAACAAACGAACAGACACUAUAUUAGUGUCAGAACUGGCCAGGACACAGUGGAUUGAGAAGAGCAAGUCUUUUGGAUUCAGUCUGCAGCCGGUCGCUGAUUAUAACGACAAUGGGAGCGAUGAACUUGCAGUUGGUGCCCCGGAGGAAUCGACCGUUACAAUGUAUAGGGGAAUCCGGGCCAUCACAGUGAAUGUUACCUCUGAAUUUACAGACUAUGCGACAAAGACAUCCACUGAAUUUGGCUUUGCUUCAUGUGUCACCAUCGAGAAUCCUAAAGAACCCAAACAAAUUACAAUGAGGUUAUUGGUUAAGAAUGUGUUGACUGGCGAUAAGGCUACGUUUAAAAGCAACGAAAAGGUGACAUACGAGAUAGUUUUAACAGACAAGCCUACAAAUAUUAAUGGGACACUGCACCGAUAUUGUCGGGACUACCUUAUUACGACCUGUUUCUCCUGUAAGGUCAACACAACAGUUUCUUUGAUGGAGGAUAUUGAAACUGUAAAAGAUUUCAAAAACACUUGGGUGACAAUAAGUCCGCAGAGCAGCCUAACCAAAGAGACACAACCGCAGUGCAACUGCGGCGGAGUGCCCUGCGAGCCUGAAUACUCCGUGGAACUGCUUUGGUCUGGGAAAAGUGGCAGAACUCAUCAAUACAUCGUCGGCUCAUCUGACAUGGAGACAGUGACGGUCAUAGUGAGCAACAACGGCACUAUGGGAUGCGGUGCGUGCGCGAUUGUGGGCGUGAGCGGCACGCUCGUGCACACACUGCCGUGCGCCAAGGAGAUGGAAGCGUAUAAGUGUGAAUUGCCGGCGCCUUUCCGCACUAGAACCAAUAAAACAAUAGACGUCCAGCUGCAGACAAACACCCUGAACAUCGAAGAGAAGGGACUCACAAUCGACGUGGAAGUGCGCAAGGAAUGUAACAAACCGUACGCGGUGCAUUCCUCUCUUACGCUGAACUACGAUUUUGAAAAUGUGCUUGAAAAUGUUGAUAUUCACGGGUCCACUAUAAAUCGAGUCAUAUCCGACGCAGAACUAGAGGAUUCGAAGGAAGAUAAGUUGUCAGUGGAACACACCUAUACUAUUUAUAAUAACCAGUCAUUUCAAUGGAAGAAAGUGUUCCUGACGAUAGAUGGAAUGGACAACACGUACAUAGAUAAAUCUACGGUAAGGGUUGGCCAACCAAACAAAUGUUCAGUGAAACUGACAAACAUUUGGAAAUGUUCAAUCCCUUUGGCGCCGAACUCUACGACAACAAUAAUUGUGUCUUCGACUAUUGUCAAAAAUCAGCUAGCGAUUUUCCUAAAGAAAGGUAGUACAAAAAUAACAUCAAAACUAAAGCUGCAAUUACUACCAGACAAAACCAAGGAUAAAUCGAUAUCUACAGUAAUAACGUUGGAAGAAAAGCCGAAGAGCCCGAUAGGAACUAUUUUGAUCGCUAUCGGCGUGGGCUUGCUUCUGCUACUCAUCAUAGGAGUUAUACUUUAUAAGUUGAACUUCUUUAAAAGGAAAACGAAAGAAGAGUUGGAAGUGUUGAAGAGUGAAAUGAGAAGACACAGUUUGCGGAGCGGUACAUCAUCUGACAAUCGAACUCAACCGGCAGUUGAUCCAGCAGUAACAGUCCCAGACUCAGAUCAUGACUUCGAUAUGGUGGACUUGAUAGUGGAUGAAACUCCGUUGGCGAAGUCUUUGUCCUCCGAUCAGCUGAACUCUAUAGCAGCCAAUCCGGACUUGGUGAAGUUGGACUGUCCGAAAAAACCGGAUAGAUAUGACAAAGAUGGGUUUACGCAUGUGUAAUAAAUAUAAAUGGUUUUCUUAUGAUUUGUAUGUAAAA